UAAAGCACAUUGUAUUGUAAAUUGUAGAUAUUUUUUAUUUUUUAACGUAAUAAUAUUUCUUUUAACAAUGUUAGAUAUUUAGAUAAAACAAAGCAUACUUACUUACUUUAAGUGUUAACAUCAACGGUAUUUGAUGGACUUUCUAGAUUCAUUAGAUCUACAGGUGCAUGCCCAUGGCAAGAAGACCGACCGUAUGCGCUCAUGGUACCUCUACGAGCAGUACAGAACGCUGACACAGCAUCAGCUAGACGCGGCACAGAAGCUGCGGAACCGCUGGGUCCAAGAACAGCUGCUGCAUCAGGAGCUCACGGAGCGGCGCUCUCGGCGUAGUCCUUUUUAUCAGGUCAGCAUGCAUCUCAGCGACCCGCAGCAAGACUGCAUCAGCCAAGCCACCUGCCUCAGCACCACCAACGACGACUUCUACGAGGGCUUCUCUGAUCUCCACGACUUUGAAGGCGGCAACAACAGCGUGGGCAGCCAUCAUGGCACCGAUAAUACUUUCAUGGAGGAUAAGAAUCUAGAAGAUUUCCAAGAGGAUACCAGCUGCGCGGAUAGUGUUUCUAGCGUGGUUGAUAAGGACGCUACGGACAGGUCCACAAAACAAACUAUCGCUGACAAAAUAAAACUGAAUCUACAGACCGUUAAUGAAAACAUGGCAGGCCUCGAGAGAUACGCCCAGAUGACUGACAGAGACCACAACUCGGAGACGAGCGUAGACUCUCUGGGUUGGCGAAACGUUCUUCGGAAGGACGUUAAUGACAAUCAAUUGUUUUAUAUGUGGAGCCGCCUGGUUGCGUUCGCGUACCAUAUUAUACAACUUAAUCAUGGAAACUGCUACUACGACUACAGCUCCCAGUUGCUCACCGCCGUCCUGGCGUGCGAUGCGCUGCGCCGCGGCGUCAACCGCAUGUGUGAUAUUUUGCAGUAUUACGUCUCACCCGUGAAAUAUGCUAGUGAUUCUGAAGAUAAUUCCAAUAUCUGCAGGAAAAAACUUAAAAAAAAGAAAUCUCAUGGGUUGAAAAAACUACGAAAAUCGUCUAAAUAUAAGAUAAAUUCAAGUUCGCACAAAAAAGUCACGAGGCGCUUCGAAGAUGACCACCAUGCGGAACAUUCGAGUAGUUCCUGGCAACACUACAGGAAAUACUCAGUACACACAAUGGAGCAAAACAGGAAACACCGACAACCGAGGAGACGAGAGUGGCGAAAAGCUAAACGCAGCACCAUCCCUCGGGGCCUCCAGACCCUCUGGCCCUCAGAGCUGGAAACCACCGACUCCUGCACCUUCGAGGGCGUAAGCCCUAAUAACCCCAUGCUCCUGCUCGUGCGAUAUUUGGACGAUGUCCUCAAAACUGACGUCCGGGACUUUGAGUAA